AGGGAACAGUUUUUGUUCUUCCUCACUACAGAGAGACACAGAGUAAAAACCAGACGAUCAGAUUGACCUUCAGACCAAACAAACAACUUCCUCUGACUGAGUUCAGCUACAGGAGAGAAAAGUGGAAAACUACAACACUGCUGCUUCAACCUGCUGACGCUCCACACACUGAAGCUUCAGAGACAAAAUGGCUUCCAGAUCAGGGGAGGAUCUCUGCUGUCCGGUCUGUCAGGAGGUCUUCAGAGAUCCUGUUGUUCUGUCAUGUAGCCACAGCUUCUGUAAAGUCUGUCUGAAGAGCUGGUGGAGAGAAAAACAAGCACCUGAGUGUCCAGUUUGUAACAGAAGAUCUUCAAAGGAUGAUCCACCUCGUAACCUGGUGUUAAAGAACCUGUGUGAGGCCUUCUUACAGGAGAGAGAUCAGAGAGCUUCAGAGGCUCUCUGCAGUCUGCACUCUGAGAAACUCAAACUCUUCUGUCUGGACCAUCAGCAGCCAGUGUGUGUCGUCUGCAGAGAUUCAGAAAAACACAGCAACCACAGAUUCAGACCCGUCGAUGAAGCUGCACGACAACACAAGGAGGAACUUCAGGAAACUCUGGAGCCCUUAAAGAAGAAGUUAAAGGUUUGUGAACAAGUUAAAGUGAAGUUUGAUCAAACAGCAGAACACAUGAAGGUCCAGGCCCGACACACAGAGAGGCAGAUUAAGGAGCAGUUUAAGAAGCUUCAGCAGUUUCUAGAGGAGGAAGAGGAGGCCAGGAUGGCUGCACUGAGGGAGGAAGAGGAGCAGAAGAGUCAGAUGAUGAAGGAGAAGAUGGAGGCUCUGAGCAGAGAGAUAGCAGCUCUUUCAGACACAGUCAGAGCCACAGAGGAGGAGCUGAGAGCUGAAGACGUCUCAUUCCUGCUCAACUACAAGGCUGCAGUGGAAAGAGUCCAGCAGCGCCCCCUGCUGGAUGAUCCACAGCUGCCCUCAGGAGCUCUGAUAGACCAGGCCAAACACCUGGGCAACCUGACCUUCAACAUCUGGAACAAGAUGAAGGACAUGGUCUCCUACACUCCUCUCAUUCUGGACCCAAACACUGCUCAUCCAAGACUCAUCCUGUCUGAAGAUCUGACCAGUGUGAGACAAGGAGAGGAACAGCAGCUUCCUGACAAUCCAGAGAGGUUUGAUUAUUAUAACUACUCUGUCUUGGGCUCUGAGGGCUUUAACUCAGGGACUCACAGCUGGGAAGUCGAGUUUGAUGACAGUACAGACUGGAUAAUUGGUAUGUCAGCAGAGUCUGCUCAGAGGAAGGGAGACAUACGGACUGGAUUAUGGGGAAUCUGGUUCUAUGAAGGUAAAUACUUAACAUGGUCACCAUCAGCUCCAGACACUGUUCUCAGCAGGCAGAAGAAGCCCCAGAGGAUCAGAGUGAAUCUGGACUGGAACAGAGGAAAGCUGUCGUUCUCUGAUCCUGAUACUAACACACACAUACACACCUUCACACACACUUUCACUGAGAGGCUGUUUCUAUUCAUUCACACUGGGGGUGAAGUGAAGCUGUCAGCAGUGAAGGUCUGUGUGACAGUGGAACAGAGCAGUUAGAGAUAAAGAGGAUGAUUAUAUUCAUGAUGUUGUUGAUUCCUUAAAGGGAAAAGUCUCUGAAUUUAACUUGUUAAGCUGCACCUGUCCUCCUGCUGUCUCAUUAUUCCAAAAAAUCCUUUUAUUUUCUUUCACUUCUUGUUGUUUUUAUUGUUUGUGUUUUACUGUUAUUUAGUUUGACAGUCUGCUUUUGUUUCUAUUGUUCACCCUAAAUGUGUAAAAUUAUUUCUCUUUGAGACACACCAGAUCUUUAUGUUUGGUUGGUUUGUUUUUUUACAAGGAUCAAUUUAUUAUUAUUAUUUUUCAGAGUAUAGCAUGACCUACUGAACAACAAAGCUGGAAGUUUGGGGGAAUACUUUAUAAAUCUUCUGGGAUUUUACAACCAAUUGUCUCUCCCAUAUUGACCCCCUGGCAUCAGUUUUCAACGCACUGAGAAGCCCUUUAGAAUCGUUGAACGCUAAAAAAACCCACAAAAAUAACUAACUAAAAGUCAAAAUAAGAAGGUAGAAGUGUGCGUCAGACACCCAACCUCCACCCAGGAGACUGUUGUUUGUGUCUCGUGUGACAGAAAUAGUCAAUAUGGAUUCUUUUGUAGUUAAAAAAUAACCUUAGGUAACUUAGGAACCUAACAUAGACAACUAGCCUCUUCACCUGCCUCAGCAAGUCGUCCCUGGACUUUCUAGAAAUGGUCAGAAACUCUGCUGUAAAUCCGUUGACCAGGUCUAACCGGACGAAAACACAUAACACCAAUCCUGUCUUUGUUACGUUGGCUACCUGUCAGGUUCAGGGCCUAGUAUCAGAUGCUUUACUUUACAUAUAGAGCCUUGGUCAGGCAUCUAUAUACAUCUGACCUGUUUCACCCAUUUACCACCGCUAGGCCACUUUGGUCUUCAUACCAGCUGGUUGUUCUGCGUGCGUGUUUGAAAACUAAAGUGAUGGCCCCAACCCUGUAGAACACCCUUAGACCCACACUCUGGUCUCUGUUAAUGCCUUUUAAAAACAUCUUUGAGAAGGCCGUUGUCUGGCAAUGUGCUAUUUGAUGUGUGCAAAUGUGUGUCUUUUAAGGUCCAUUAAUGCAUUUGUUUUAUUGACUGACUAUUUUAUGGUUUUUAUGCUGUUUGUUGCUUUCAUUUAAUUUAUGCAUGUUUCUGUAUUAUUGCUGUCUAUUAUGCAUAGUUACAUUAUUUUACUUCUUUGAAGUUCUUUGUGAGUUUGCUCUGUAAAAGGUGCUAAAUUAAGGAAAUUGUACUUACUAAUUUUAACACAAACUAUGAUGUUUUCUUAAACCUAGCCAAAUUGCGACAUUUCAGAAUGUGUUGGGGUUUUAUUCAUCUCACAGCUGAGGCAGUUGUAGAUGAUCGAUUUGAUGUCCCGACACUGGUACACUUAGUGGGAAUUAUUUAACUAAAUACAUAAGGUAAUAUACAUAAAUAGGCUUAUUAUUAGAUGGAGCAAGUGCAGUUAAAUUUAUUACAAAUGUGGAGUAGUAUAAAGUCUUACAGGCAAGCAGGUCCAGGUCCAGGAGCAGAGUCUAGGUAAGGUUCAGGUUCUGGAAAAGUUCAAAGCUCAUUGCAACUGUGAUGGUCUGGCAGGGAAUGAAUUAAUCUGGUCUGAUGCAUAACAUUAAGGCUGAUGAGAGAAUGAGAUGCAGGUGAGGAGGUGGGCGGGGAUGACUGGGCAACUGCAGAGCAGAUGUGGGAAGUGGGUGUGUAGAUGGCAGGGGCAAUCAGGUGAUGGGAAGUAGGUCAAGUCCAAGGGCAUGUAGUGGAUGGAUGAAAAAUGGUAAUGAAGGAGCUUGGGGAAGAGGGGAUGUGGCUGCACAGGACUGGCUGUGACAACAUUUCAUUUAAGGUUUCUUAGUUACUACUGACAUUACAAUUUACCCAUGGGUACACAUACAAACCCAUGAGUGCACCAAGUGUAACAGAAUUCCAUUUACUGCAGAACAAUUUUACCCAUCUUCCCAUCUUAACAGGCCCUCAGUGCUGACAUGAUGCAAACCUGUUUUCACUCUCAGUGAUUUAGCAGCGGAUCUACACCAACAUCACAGACAGAACAACAACAGAAAAAACAGAGCCCCUGUAACUUUGGAUAAUGGUGAUGAAUUGACCCAUUUAGAACAAUUCUGCCGCCAAGCGUAAAGUCAGUAAAAGAAAAUAACGUGAACACUAGCAGAAUGAUCCAUUUGGCCAAAACAGAGGAAAGAAUAGUUUCUCAUGAAAAAUCCAAAUGACACAUUAAAUUGCCAUGAAAUGAAAAUGGUGUUGGAAGGCAUCUACAGAGACAGUCUGUCCAGUCCCGUUACUGGCCAGGUGGUUGAACAUAUUGCAUAUCACCAGAGGAGACGCGUAUAUAUCCCUAAAGGGGUAUUUCAGCAAAAUACCACAAGGCAGG